CGAGCAAUAUUUCAGAUUGUUUGCGCGGCGUGGUGCGGCGAUGAUGGUUGAUGUCGAUUGAGUUGAAGUAUUUUGUUUUAUGAAUAUACAGUGAGGUAUUUCAAUUUUAGUAUAAGAAUUUGGUUAUAUCAAGUACAUAGCGAAAUCGAAAUGGAAAAAAGGAAAGGAAGUCGUUCAUGGUGUGGCGCGAUCAACUGCACCAACUCGUCUCAAAGAAAUCCCGAGAAGUCCUUCCACCGCUUUCCGCGUGACACAAAGAGUGGUUGGUUCAGAAGUGACUAAAAGAAAGGGCUGCAAGUCUUCUCAAUGGCUAGCGGAUCAGAACCGAGAAAUGUGGAAGACCAAAGCGCAAAUCAAGUGGCUAUAUCAGUUACAGUAAAGACUCCAAAGGAAAAACAAACAUUUACUGUGGCGCCUGACUGUCUCAUAGCAGACUUCAAGAAACAAAUAGCGGAGGGCUUCAAGGCCGUCUCUGCACAACUCUGCCUUAUCUAUGCCGGGAAGAUUAUGAAAGACCAUGAGACAUUGGCAACUCACAAGGUCAAAGACGGGCAGACUGUGCAUCUCGUUAUCAAGAACCCCAAGCCUGCGGAAACGCCGGCGACAGCGGGGGAUUCGCCUGCGGCCAGUGAGUCAGCGGCCGGCCCACCGCCAGCCACCAGUAGCGCUGCGGGGGGACUAGGUCUCGGCACAUUUGGUGGGCUGCCUGGCCUCUCCAAUUUGGGCAUGGGCUCGGCCAGCUUCCAAGAGCUGCAAAGAAGCAUGCAGCAGGAGAUGCUUCGUAAUCCAGAGAUGCUUCAGCAAAUGAUGGAUAAUCCUAUGGUGCAAAACAUGAUGAGCAAUCCCGACGUUAUGCGCCAGUUGAUGCAGUCGAAUCCGCAAAUGCAGCAGCUGAUGGAGCGUAACCCGGAGAUCACGCAUAUGCUCAACAAUCCGGAGUUGCUGCGGCAGACGAUGGAGCUGGCUCGCAAUCCAGCCAUGAUGCAGGAGCUGGUGAGGCAGCAGGACCGAGCCAUGUCAAAUUUAGAGUCUAUCCCCGGUGGUUUCAGCGCACUGCAACGCGUCUAUAGAGACAUUCAAGAGCCCAUGCUAGACGCCGCCCAGGAGAUGACAAGCAAUCCCUUCAACAACCCGGCAUCGACCGAUGCUGGUUCUGGCUCAGGAACUGGUUCGACGCCAGCUGGCGCCCCCAGCAGCGAGCCACUGCCGAACCCGUGGGCUCCGCCGACUACAUCUGCGCCUUCGGCGGCCCCUCGUCCUGCUGACGGCACGACGACGCCGUCAGCAGGCCUCGGCGCGUCCGGAAUGCAAGGACUAAUGCGGCAGAUGGCAGGGAAUCCCCAGGCACUUCAGAACAUGCUGAAUGCUCCUUACAUGCAGCCGAUGCUACAGUCUCUGGCGUCCGAUCCACAGCUGGCGAGAUCGGUUAUCGCCAACAACCCGCUGCUCGCCGGAAAUGAGCAACUCCAGCGUCAGGUGACCUCCAUGCUGCCCACUUUCCUUCAGCAGAUGCAGAACCCAGAAAUGCAGCAACUAUUGACAAAUCCAGAGGCACUUCAAGCUAUCCAGCAGGUGCAACAGGGUCUGAGCACUCUGCAGCAGACCUCGCCAGGGCUUUUCAGUUCGAUGGGUAUGGGCACAACACCCCCAUCAACCACGACAACCACACAGGCAUCUCCGACGUCGCCUGCCUCACAGAAUACCCAGGCGCCUCCAACCGGCAGCGAUCAACUCUCCCAAUUCAUGGCUCGCAUGAUGGGUCAGGUGGGACUUGGUGGAGCUGGGGCGCCGCCUCCCGAGGAACGUUUCCGAUCUCAGUUGCAGCAGCUAGCUGCGAUGGGCUUUGUUAACCGUGAAGCCAACGUCCGUGCCCUGGUUGCCACUUUUGGCGAUGUGAACGCAGCCGUGGAGCGGCUAUUGGGCGGAGGCAGCGGAGGGAACGGCGGUGGCGGUGCCCCGCCGUCCCAGUCGAGCUGAAAACACGUUGUCGUCAUCCGUCAUCGUCUCGCAGACCACUCGGCGGGCCGAUGCCGACCAGUGGUGUAAUUUUGGACGAUGACAAGAGUCGGCGAGGAGCCUUCUACCGAAACGGGAUCCACUGUUCAGUUCCGCGGUCGGUAACCAAUGUGUGAUUAUUCGGAUUAAUUUUAAUCGUUUGAUUCAGGCGUGAUCUAGCGACAGUGUAUCGUCGGUGGCAUUGGUUAUCCAUGUGGUAUCGGAUUUGUGCUUUAGAUAGCUCCGAUGUACCCUGUCAACGGGCAGGAACAGAAUACGGCUUUCCACACUUCUUCAGUAAACAUUGUUGAAGCGUUCAUAGUAGUAAAGCAUGGAGCGCAGGUACCCAUUUAACGGACAACUGAGGAUCGUUUAAACAUAUGAGCGACAUAAACUGGAAAAUAAAAGGAUUUGUAGGUGCGACGCAAUAUCUUUAUACCCCAACUGAUAGCGGCGAUCCUGUAUGCUUAACUCUGUCACGUGACAUAGCUCACGCUCUUUGAAUUUAAAUGCUUCUUGGCCAUUGAAGUGCGAAAAUGAUGCAUUCGUUAACAUUUUCGGUAUAGUUGAUAAUCAAGACAGCUAGAAUACAUUCAUGGCUUAUCUUUCGCAUUUAUUCCUUGUUUGUUUAUGAAUAUCAGUAGGCAGGUAAAGUUAUAUCUAUGUGGUGUGUGUCGUUUAUGGUUCUGGUUAGUGUGUUCGGCUUCUUACUGGUGUCAAUGUGUUGGUGUUCUGAAAUAUGGAAUGCGAGCAUUUGCUCACAGGAAAUUGAUGCAAAGUUUUUGAUGAACGGGUGUUAUUGAUCUGUGGUUGAAAUUGCGAGGCUGCAUUUUUCCUUUCUUGGCGCGCAUUAUCUUCUAACUGACACUGGCACUGUAUCUUGUCGCCUACGUACGCGCUACAACAUGCGCCGAUGUGAUUGAGACGUAAAGCCACUGGUUGAAUGGUGAACCGUGAAUAUGCCGUGAACUGUUACACUUCAGCGGUCCUCUGAAGUGUGUCUUUACACGCUGGCUCCUGUACGUAAGUUCUUAGUGCCGAUGACGGCUGACCGCUAGUGGCCCCAAUCGGGUCGGCGAGCGGUUCUGAGGGGCACCGGCCACCGACAGUACAGGUUCGCCUUGUAUGGACGACGAACGACAGUUCCGUGUCUUUGGUCAAUACAAAUGGCAUACAUACAGA